CACCCCCGACACACUCAGCACACUUUUCCUCCAUCUGAUUAACAGUCCGGCACACACAAUGAUUACGGGAAAGCGUAAAUAAAUACGGAAAGGGUUGAUUAUUUUGACUACUGGAAGAGCUUUGCUGGGUCUCAGCACAACUUUUGUUUUCAUUACCGAGAAGGUGAUCUCUCCAUGCGUUUCUCUCACACAAGGAUUCUUUAAAAGAGGAAGAAAGACCGAGAGAGGGGGGAGAACAAUCUUUCACUUUAAGACCAUCUGGGCUCAAAGAUAAAAGGAAGGGGAAAGCAGCGGCUAGGACUCCACCGGGGCAACACAUCGGAGAGCGUUCUGAUACAUUUCUGAGCGCGGCGGCCCGUUUCUCCACCGAAGUUGGCUCCAGCUCUAGCAGCCGCAUUGGAUCCCACAGCCUACUGCGAGACUCCGGUGUACAAUCCGGAUCUCUGCCCCAACAUGAUCGCGGCCCAGGCCAAGCUGGUAUACCAUCUGAAUAAGUACUACAAUGAGAAAUGCCAAGCCAGGAAAGCUGCCAUUGCGAAAACUAUCCGGGAAGUCUGCAAAGUAGUUUCCGACGUACUUAAAGAAGUGGAAGUGCAGGAGCCCCGGUUCAUCAGCUCUCUCAACGAGAUGGACAAUCGCUACGAGGGCCUCGAGGUCAUCUCCCCCACCGAAUUUGAAGUGGUGCUUUACCUUAACCAAAUGGGGGUGUUCAACUUUGUGGACGACGGCUCGCUGCCCGGCUGCGCGGUGCUGAAGUUGAGCGACGGGCGCAAGAGGAGCAUGUCCCUCUGGGUGGAAUUCAUUACCGCCUCCGGCUACCUCUCGGCGCGCAAAAUCCGGUCCAGGUUUCAGACUCUGGUGGCUCAAGCCGUAGACAAAUGUAGCUACAGGGAUGUAGUUAAGAUGGUGGCAGAUACCAGCGAAGUGAAACUGAGAAUCCGAGAUAGGUAUGUGGUGCAGAUCACCCCGGCUUUUAAAUGUACCGGGAUCUGGCCAAGGAGUGCUGCCCACUGGCCACUUCCGCACAUCCCCUGGCCAGGACCCAACCGGGUGGCGGAGGUCAAAGCGGAAGGGUUCAAUCUCUUGUCCAAGGAGUGCCACUCCCUGGCCGGCAAACAGAGCUCGGCCGAGAGCGACGCCUGGGUGCUGCAGUUCGCGGAAGCAGAGAACAGACUGCAGAUGGGGGGCUGCAGAAAGAAAUGCCUCUCCAUCCUCAAAACCUUACGGGAUCGUCACCUUGAACUGCCAGGCCAGCCCCUGAACAAUUACCACAUGAAGACUUUGGUUUCCUACGAGUGUGAAAAGCAUCCCCGGGAGUCGGACUGGGACGAGUCUUGCCUGGGUGAUCGGCUUAACGGGAUUUUGCUGCAACUUAUCUCCUGCCUGCAGUGCCGGCGGUGUCCUCACUACUUCCUACCGAACUUAGAUCUGUUUCAAGGCAAACCUCACUCGGCUCUGGAGAACGCUGCCAAACAAACGUGGCGGCUGGCAAGAGAGAUCCUGACCAACCCAAAAAGUUUGGAAAAACUUUAG